AUGGAUUCAAAAUCAAAUAAAAUUUUAAAACGUGAAAGAGGUCCAAAUUGGGAAGAAGAUGAAAAAACAAUAUUUUUUCAUUGUUACGAAAAUGUGGCCAAAGUAUUAGAAGAUCCAAAAAAAGAUUUUAAUACCAACAGCAAAAAAAAUCAAACUUGGUUAUGUCUAAUGAAUAAGUUUAAUGCUCAUUCUAAUGUUAAAAAGAGAGAAAUUAAGAAUUUGAAAAAAUUUUGGGAGUCUGAAAAAACAAAAUCCCGUAAGGCUUUCACUAUGGAGAGAAAUGCAAGAUUAGGCACUGGAGGUGGUUAUAACGCAUACACACACCUAUUUUAA